GGUCUUAAAAUUAGCAUAUGUACAUUCGUUAACAAUGGAAAUUUUCGCGGUAAAUAAUGUAUGAAUUUGUCUACGCGGUUUUGCAUAUAAGUAUAUCGAGUAGAAUGACAAUAAUAUUUGCCUGUCUAUUGAAAUAUAUAAUAAAAAACGCGUCCAUUUUCUCGGGAGUGCGCGUACGAUUUUCGGGAGUGACGUACAAAGUGACACGAUUGUAAUAAAGUGCGUAUAUAAAAUAUUUGUCGCGAGUGUGAGUUCAAAAAAAAGAUAAAGAGAAAAGGAGGAAGCUCAAGAAGGGCAUCGGGCAACGAUGAAGCAGCUUAAGAUUAACAUCAUGUAUCACAACUUCGCUGUUGCGCAUCGUACUGGAUGGUGCGCUUCCUGAUGUUCGCCAUAAUUGUACGACGGUGGACGGGGUCGAUACGGCCGUAAACCCGAUCAGCUGGAAGGAGAUUCGAAGCCGGUUUCAGGACGCAACGAAAAGUGCGAUCUAAGCGGAAGUACUAUUUAGAGGUGUACUUUGUGGGUUGGAUAUUCUGCGUUUUCAUUGUGUAUCGAACAUUCAGAUUCUUAUCUGUCAUUAAGAAUGGAAACGAUUAGUCUGGCAAUCUGUACUGUAUUGCUCCUGUACACGAUGAAGCGGAAGCGAGUUACCGUGAGCUUACGCAACGUUCAAGUUCCGUCAUUGCUCGCGUAAGACCGACUUGAGGCAAGAAACGUGGCGAGAGUAAAACUCGCGGCUUUCGCCAUUAAUCGCGUACAUCGGAGGUAUCGUCGUUAUUUUCUCGAUCGCGAUUUCGCCGUCUCUCCAGUCAUCGUCUCUCUUUCCAGACUGUCUUUCUUGGGACCCCAUGGUACUUAACGAGCAGAUCACUUUCAGUUACGGCGAUAUAACCACAAUCAAUUUACAAGCCCAGCGAACUGCCGCGAUGUCAGGCGCGGAAGAUUGCGAUCGCCAUUGCGAUGACCAGUUCGACGAGAGAAUCAUUCCAACGAUCUUUCCUAGACUGAGGAUGUCCUCAAAGAGGAAGUCGCCACCAACGAAGCUAUCGGAGGGCGGGGGCGGUGCGGGUACAGUGGCAGGCGCUAACGAGGAGGAGGAAGACACGACCUCGCCGGUGGCCGGUUCCGGUGGUGAGGCAACCGUCGGUGAGGAGGGUGCCGCCACCCCCGUCGACAUCGAAGAGUGCUACUCCCAUCAGAGAGGCGGCGAGUGUGAGUCGUCCGGCUGUUCGUCACCGGCGACCACCAGCGAGCCGGAUCUACGCGACUCGCCGUCGCCCUCGUUGAAUUCCCUGCGGACGGCCAAGCGGCAGAGGCUGCUGUUCCUGUCGAGCCAGGACACCCUCGCGCCGUACCACCACCCUCAUCAUCACCAUCACCACCACCAUCAUCACCAUCACCACACGAACACGUCGUCAUCGUCGGGCGGUGUAUUGGAACCGGCGAGUUCCUCAGAGUGCGGCUCGCCGCCCACCCUCCUCUCCGUCGACUCUUACUAUCCUCAUCAUCCUCAUCACAACAAUAAUAACAAUACCGUCACCCAAAACAAUAAUAACAACAACAAUAACGGCAGCGGCACCGCCGCUGCGGGCAGCAAGAGAUCCAUGGAUGACGUUCUCAAAAGGUUAACGUGCAAGAUGAACAGUGAGUCUCUGUCUAUUCAGGACGAUACCACUAAUAGCAGGCGAACGUCACCGCCGCUGUCCUCGACACCAACUGGCCACCACAAUGCACAUAGCGGAGUCCCAACAUCCGUGGCAAAUAACGUAGCACUUUCGUCCCCGGAUGCCGGAAGGAUAGCAAACACGGAGGCACAGGUACAACAAGACGGCGUAGCGGCCCUUCAUAGGGUCCUGUGCGCCGAGAGUUUUGCUGAGAAGGAACGCCGAUUAUCGGAGAUGAUCCUGCAGCUACAAUUAAUCAGGGAGCAACUGCUACAACAGCAGGAUCAGUCAAAGUAUCCCGCUCACAUGACGGUCGACUCGCAGAAGCAAAUCGAGAUGCAGCGGCUGCAAACGGAACACUUGAAGCGACAGCAAGAGCACAUUAUGCAACAUAACAUCCAGGAGUUACAGGCUCAGAUGACAAAGAAUCAGCUGAGCAUGUCGGGACCGCAGUCGUUGAUGUUCCUGCCGUUUCUCGAACAACUCAGAGGGUUGCCUGUGCAGUCACCCAUGCCUCCGCCGCCAGCAACGUCGACCGCCACCACCGGCAACAAGCACAUCAAUUCCAUCGCCAAUAUGAUUAGCAGUCAUCGGGAAGGUCCGAGCUGGGCGACCGCGCAUCUCGCGCAGAUGACCACGCAAAUGGAGAAGGAAUCGCCGUCACCGGCGCCAACCUCGUCCGCUGUAGCGCCGACGGCCCCGCCACUUCAGGAUCUCGACGCGCCGUUGAACCUUACCAAACCCAAGUCCACGUCCUCGGGCGCAACGGCAUCCUCAUCACCCGGCAGUGAUUCGCACUCGACUGGUGCCGGAAGUAGCGGUCAGCAAGAACAGCCGUUGGCGGCGACCGCGCCAAAGCUCUUCCCGCCAGGACUACCGAUACCGCGAAAUUAUCUGCCGACGCUUCCUUACGCCGGCCUACCGCCGCAUCUCAGCACACUAUCUUCGCCAAUGGGCAAAGUAAUGGCCAAAGAUGAGGCCGGCGGAGGUGGUGGAUCCGCUGCAGCCGCUGCAGUCGCUGCUGUAGAAAAGCAUUUCGCGAUGCAUGGGCUGUACGGAUUACCACCGAAUGCAGGUGCGAUGCCACCAUCGACCCAAUCUCAAAGACCGAUCAAACAUUCUAGUUCCCGAGAAGAAACGCCUCAGGAGGAACAGGACUAUCUUUCGACGCCUCACAUGUGGCGAGAUCCGGCAUAUAAAGUAGCGGAAGACAUAACGGAAAAAGCUAAAAUGGUGAGGCAGCAGAAAAGGGAGAAUGAGAAUAAGCCACAUAUCAAGCGACCGAUGAAUGCAUUCAUGGUAUGGGCUAAGGAUGAACGUAGAAAGAUUUUGAAAGCCUGUCCAGAUAUGCAUAAUUCGAACAUAUCAAAAAUUCUCGGUGCCCGAUGGAAGGCGAUGUCAAACUCGGAGAAGCAGCCGUAUUACGAAGAACAAUCACGGCUGUCGAAGCUACACAUGGAGAAGCACCCUGACUAUAGGUAUCGGCCGCGACCCAAGCGUACGUGCAUCGUGGACGGCAAGAAAAUGCGCAUCUCCGAGUACAAGUCGCUGAUGCGACAGCGGCGGCAGGAGAUGCGACAGCUGUGGUGCCGCGACGGCAGUAGUGAGAUGACCUUUUUGUCACCGGUCAGCGCCGAUUUGAGCAGUGGCACGCAGCAUCAUCCAGGAGCGAGUGCCGGUCCGUCGGCGCGACCGUCGGUUUCACCGCCGGCGACGAUGCUCAAUGGCAGUGGUGGUGCUGGCCCGAGCUCGGAUCAUCCCUCGUUCUACUAUCCACAAGACAGCCUCUCGCCGACGGACAUGAUGAAUUUCUCACCCGAGAAUUCCGGCUCGAUCGGCGGCUACGACGCGAGUCCGCGGCAUCACGACGAGGAUUGAACCGUGGCUCCGGGUCAGCCACUUUGGCCGCCCGGAGCAUCAUCGUCAUCAUCGUCGGCAGCAGCUGUAGCGGCAGCAGCCGCAGCGGCCGCAGCAGCGGCGUCCACGUCGAGACUCGCCCAUGAGCUCUUCUGGUAAGAGGAAUCGUCUGACUCGGUGUAUCUUGAGUCAUAAAACGUCGCGAGUCAAUGUGCUCGAAACCGCGCUUUUACGCGAGCUGGAAGAGAAUGCUAUUACAAAAGAAAAGUUGGGUGUCUUGAAACCUCAUUGGAGGUUGUGAUAUAUAAUCUCUAUCUCUGUGCCAUCGUACACGAAACGCGAGGGACCUAUUUCGCGAAGCAAAGGCGCGAGAGCGUGUUCACCUGAUUGAAUCCGUCGUCGUGACGUCGCUCGAUCGUCGGUCGUUCUUGUUCUUCGGUACAUUUAUCGAAAGGAUAGUCACAAAUCACAUCAGUACAAUCCUUCAGUCAAUUAGUUCGUUUGAUUUAUGUGAAAAAAUGUUUAUCCGAAUAUCUCAAUAGCAAUGUAUUGUGCGAUUAAUAUAAAUCAAUAGGCAAUAGAACACAUUCAGAUUCGCAUCAAAUUAUUUUGGCAGAUAACAUUAUCUGGUUUCGGAAAGAAAAAGAGAGAGAUUUCAAUUAAAUUGUCUUUUAUACAGGGUGAUUCAAGAUAAACCUAUUGUUCUUGAAAUGACACAUUCUUGAGUCAAUUCUAAGAUGAUUUUUCCUUUGACAAAGUAUUGUCCGAAGCUUAGUUUUUGAAUUAUUAAGAGAAGUAGUUAACUUAUUAUCGGAUCGGAUACAAGAGGCAGGUAAGAGCUACGCGAUUCACCAUCAGACGCGGGUGCUUACGCUCCGCUUGUUUCGAUCAGCUGGUCGCUAUAUACGAUAUACAGACACAUACACACAUGUAAUUACAUACAUUCUUAUUCUUUCUCUCUCUUUCCCUCUCUCUGUCUCUCUUAUUUACUCACUCACUUGUAGUCAUUAUUACUUAUACUGAUUAUUACUACUUUUUUUAACUUUACUAAUUAUUAUAUCUUUCUUUUACGAGAGAGGAAAAAAUGCAUUUUAUGCAUAUCUAUCGUCUGACUCAGUGAGUUAUGUUGGGAUUCGAGUAUCAAGUCGAAUUAUUAACUCGGUAUCCACUAAAAACCCCUCUCUUUUUGUGAAUUUUUUCUGACACUGUCUAUUUAACAUCUUGAAAUCUGUUUUCACACAAACAGAUCUCGAGAUGUUAAAUAGAUAGUGUCAAAGAAAAUCACGAAAAAGACGGUUUUUAGUGUGUAGAGAGUACCGAGUUGGUAAUUCGACUUGAUAUUCGAGUCACCGGGUCAGCCGAUGGAUAUGCAUUUGGAUAAAAUGCAUUUUCCUCUCUUUCGUUAAAAAAAUAUAUAAUAACUAGUCAAAUUAAAAAAGUAGUAAUAAAUAGUAAAAGUAAUGAUGACUACAAGUAAGUGAGCAAAUGAGAGAAAGAGAGAGAGUGAGAGAGAAUAAGAAUGUAUGUAAUCAUAUGUGUAUGUGUCUGUAUAUCGUAUGUAGCGAUCAGCUGAUCGCAGCAGGUGCCCCGCGUAAGUACGCGUCUGACGAUGAAUCAGGCCGCCCUUGUCUGUCUCUUGUAUCCGACCCGUAAUAAGUUAACUACUUUUCUUAAUAAUUCAAAAACUAACCUUCGGACGAAAUUUUGUCAAAGGAAAAAUCGUCUUAGAAUUGAUUCAAAAAUGUGUCAUUUCAAGGACAAUAGAUUAUUUCGAAUCACUCUCUGUAUAUAUCAGCUACAACCAGAAUCUUGCACUUGUAUUAUUUCGCAUCACAAUUUUCGCAGUUUUUCUAUGGCUGCGCAAUACAACGCUAUUUCAAGACAAUUGUAGGUGUGUCCGUUUACAGAGGCAAUUUUCUCGGCGGCCGCGAUCCAUAAAACUUCCUUGUGCACAAACAUAUUUUCGUUAUUCAGACAUUUUUAAGAGAAUGAGAUACUUUUCCAAAUAUAUUUUAAAAUCUGCUCAGUUUAAACUGAAACAGUAUAAGAGAUAUUUAAAGAACGUCGUAAAGCCAGCUGUCUGAUAAAUAUUUCAAUCUAUCUAAUCAUGAACAUGAAACGUUUUUUUUUGGUAACGUCUUUCUUUCGAGAAACGACGAAGAAUGGCGUUUUAUACGCACGUCGGCGGUAUUCUUUGCAUUCUAUUGUAUAUCUUAUAAUCAAAACUGCAGUUUUCACGAAAUUCGAUAUCAUCGGUAGCUAACGUGUAGAGGUACAAUUAACCGGCGUUGAACUAACAGCCAAAAUACACUCGUUGCACAUUCAAUAUACAUACGCAAAGUGAGACGAAAUGCGGAGGUAUGCGCGCAUUCGCAUAAUUUUUAUAAAACAAUCGCGUGUCGCUUUGGCGUGUCGAUUCGGAUCCGCAAAUUUAUGCCGAUCUCCUUAUGAGGACUUGAAUACGUAACAAAUAUAUCACAUACGCGUUGUGACACGAUGCAUGGCCAAAAAGUCUUGUUCCUAUUCCUUCUAGUGUGUGUGUGUGUGUCUAUGAUACGCCAUUCCGAUCGGUCGUAUCGAGAAAAACAAAAAAAAAA